CAGACACACAAGCAACUAUGCAACUGAGGAAAAAAAUAACACACACACACACACAGAUCUUCAAAGCCAACUGGAUUUCAUAGACUAACAAUUACCCUAAGAGAUUACAUCUGGGGGAUUGCAUAAGAUAAAUAAGGUGAGAAUUGUCUUAAGAUUCAUUCACCUCAGCGCAAGCCGACACACAGCGAGAGCAGCUCCUCAAACACGAAUCCUCACAGGAGUCCGAGAGACGCACUCAGAGAAGAGAAGCAGCACUCCACUCAAAGGGACUCAGCUCAGAGAGACGAAGGGGAUUUGAGCUCGGCGCGCACUCUACUCAAACUCACAGGGACCAGGGCACAGAGACCCAGCGCUCCCGCUCUCACACAGAGGAGCACAGCACAGAGAGACACUCCAGCUAAAAGGGCUCCAUUUCAGACAAGUAACUUCAGAGCAAAAGAGAGAAACCCAAAAGAGACCAGAAUAAAAGCAAGGAUUACAUGGUUCCCUUUUCACCCCCUCCUUGGAUUCUUCAUUUUGAUGAGAAACAGCUUUAGUGCUUCUGUUAAGAUUUGAUAUAUUCAUUCCUUUUCUUUUGAACAUUUUUGGUGUCUCCCGUCUCCCCUCCCAACCCACCCCUUAUCUCUCCUCUACAGAGGUGGCAGAGGUAGUUUCUCAUUUGCGUCGUGCGAGGAGGGCGAGCGGCGAGAGGGCAAGAGGUUUUCCCCAAAGCGGAGGUGUUUUGAGUUAUGGAUGUUGACACAUUCCUUUUGAACACGAGGGGAAUAAGCAGCAGCGGUGUUGUCGUCAGCCGUCGGGGGUUCCGUCUCCCGCUCUCAACCCGUCUCCCUCUCCCCCCUCCAGCAUGGUCCUUUCUGUGAGCCUCUCUCCAGUCCUCCCAGCUCCAGUACAAUGUGCAGAUGGACAGUGACUAAGGGUGCCGCCGCCUGGUCCUGCAUUCGUCUGUCCCUCCUGUCCGCGCUGCUCGCCCUGCUGCUCUGCCCACUGCCCUCCACGUGUCACCAGAAUGCACCCGGGGUCGCCGCUCGCUCCGCGGUGCGCUUGCCCAGGGUGGCCAACGCCUCUUCGGCCACUGUUGUGGGACGCCAUGCGCGCAGCUAUAACCAUCUCCAAGGAGACGUGCGCAGGAGGAAACUCUUUUCCUAUCAGAAGUUCUUUCUCAGGAUUGAUAAAAAUGGCAAAGUCAACGGCACCAAAAACAAAGACGAUCUCUACAGUGUGCUGGAGAUCAAGUCAGUUGAUGUGGGGAUCGUGGCCAUCAAGGGUGUCAGCAGUAACUAUUACCUGGCCAUCAGCAAGAAAGGAGACCUGUAUGGUGCGAGGGACUUUGGUGUUGAUUGUCGGCUGACCGAGAGGAUAGAGGAGAACAGGUAUAACACCUAUGCCUCAGCAGAGUGGCGGAACAAGAAGAAGCCGAUGUUUGUGGGGCUGAGCGCCAAUGGCAAGCCCAUGAGGGGCAAGAAAACACGUAGGAAAAACACUGCCACCCACUUCCUGCCGAUACCGGUGUAGCCACCGCAUUGGACAGUUCCUUCCCCUGGGAAUGAUUCACUGCACUGAGGAAAGACUGGGAACCUUUAAAGACACAAUGGAUUCGUAUGGAGUCUGUGUUUUUUUGAUUUGCAAAGACUAUACAUUACUUUUUGGAAAGGAAGGCACUAUGUAAAAGAACUGUUUGAACUCUUUGUUGUGGAGUCUGACUGAUGAUGUCACAUACUUGUUUUUAAGUUAUGAGCCGGCACAGGAGAAAAUAUGAAAACAUUUCUGUGCCAAAUCAUUUUCCAUGGUAAACUGUUAGAGACAAAACUGAAUACGGAAUAAGAGGACAAAAAAGGGACACAGACAGGGUCAAAGGGCAGAGGGUACGUGUGUGUAUUUGAUUGUGUUAUGAUCUGUGGAUCCAGUUAUUCAUGCUGUACUUACUCAUACAAAGAACUGAAAUUGACACUCAAGCUUUGCGCAGAGACGUACAGUACUGGAAGCAGCACUUGGGUGAGUAACUUGUGAUUGAAGAGAAGCUGGGUCAGGGAGUCAAAUGCAGAGAAUUUAUUAAAGCUAGCACUAUAGCAUAAACAACUCUAACAAACAUUAUUAACAUGCAAGUUCACUGUAAUGGGUAUCUCCAUUCUUUUACCUGACUGCUUUAAAAUAAAUUAUUUAUUUUAUGUAAUAUUUAAAGAAACCAAAAAGACAAAAAAUAUGGA